UGGCAGUGUCAGAGCUGCAUGUACGAAUACAAGCCCAAAGUUGGGGACGAUUUCUAUCCCGUGAGCGCGGGAACGCAGUUUAAGGACUUGCCGGAUGACUGGCGUUGUCCGACGUGCGGGGCGGAGAAGGUCAAGUUCAAGUCGCUCGGGAAGCAAGUCGCGGGGUUUGAGCAAAACCAAGGCUACGGGCUCGGGACGAACGCGAUGACAGAGGGCGAGAAGUCGCAGUUGAUUUACGGUGCGCUGGCGUUCUUCUUCUUGUGCUUCAUCGCGGGAUAC